CCCAGUGGAAGCAUCAUGACAAGAUGUCCCAUGCUGCCCUCCAACCACAACCAGGGCCACUAUGGACAGCGGUCAGCAGCCUGGACCUUCCUGAGGAAGAUGAUGACCCUCAUGUGCUUGCUUCUUUUGGACACCUCCCUGACAGCUGUGAGGGGCCAGACCAGAAUUCCUCCAGAAACAGUGAAGCUGUGGGCCGACACCUUCGGCAGGAAUCUGUACGACACGGUGACCAGAUACUCAGGCUCGCUGUUGCUACAGAAGAAGUACAAGGAUGCAGAAGCCAGUCUGAAGAUCGAAGAGGUGGAUGGCUUAGAGCUGGUGAAGAAGUUCUCGGAGGACAUGGAGACCAUGCUUAGGAGGAAAGUCGAGGCCGUGAAGAGCCUGGUGGAGGCCGCUGAGGAGGCCGACCUGAAUCAUGAGUACAAUGCUUCUCUGGUGUUUAACUACUACAACUCAGUGCUUAUCAAUGAGAAGGACGAGAAUGGCAACUACGUGGAGCUGGGAGCCGAGUUUCUUCUUGAACCCGAUGCACACUUCAGCAACCAGAGGGUGAACGUCUCUCUGAGCAGCGUGCAGCUACCUACCAACGUGUACAACAAAGACCCAGACAUCUUAAAUGGAGUCUACAUGUCCGAGGCCCUGAACCCUGUGUUUGUGGAGAACUUCCAGAGAGAUCCCACACUGACCUGGCAGUAUUUUGGCAGUUCAACUGGGUUCUUCAGGAUCUAUCCAGGCAUCAAGUGGAAGCCGGAUGAAAACGGAGUCAUUGUCUUCGACUGCAGAAACCGUGGCUGGUACAUACAAGCAGCCACCUCUCCCAAGGACAUAGUGAUUCUGGUGGACGUGAGCGGCAGCAUGAAGGGGCUGAGGAUGGCCAUCGCGAAGCACACUAUCACUACCAUUCUGGACACCCUGGGGGAAAAUGACUUCGUGAAUAUCAUUGCGUACAAUGACUACGUCCACUACAUUGAGCCCUGCUUCAAAGGCAUCCUCGUCCAGGCAGACAGAGACAACCGAGAGCAUUUCAAGCAGUUGGUGGAUGAACUGAUGGUCAAAGGUGUGGGUGUUGUGAGCCAGGCCCUAAUCGAGGCUUUCCAGAUCCUGAAUCAGUUUCAAGAGUCCAGACGAGGAAGUCUCUGUAACCAGGCCAUUAUGCUUAUCACCGACGGAGCCGUGGAAGACUAUGAGCCUGUGUUUGAAAAAUAUAACUGGCCAGACCGCAAGGUCCGAGUUUUCACUUACCUCAUCGGAAGAGAAGUGACCUUUGCCGACCGCAUGAAGUGGAUCGCCUGCAACAACAAAGGCUACUACACACAGAUCUCCACACUGGCCGAUGCCCAGGAGAACGUGAUGGAGUAUCUGCAUGUGCUCAGCCGUCCCAUGGUCAUCAACCACGAUCAUGACAUCAUCUGGACAGAGGCAUAUAUGGAUAGCAGGCUCUUCACCUCAGAGGCACAAAGCCUGGUACUCCUGACCACGGUGGCCAUGCCAGUCUUCAGCAAAAAGAACGAGACGCGAUCCCAUGGCAUUCUCCUGGGUGUAGUGGGCUCUGACGUGACCCUAAGAGAGCUCAUGAAGCUGGCACCCCGAUACAAGCUUGGGGUACAUGGAUAUGCCUUUUUGAAUACUAACAACGGCUACAUCCUCUUUCAUCCUGACCUCCGACCUUUGUACAGAGACGGCAAGACAGUGAGACCCAAACCCAACUACAACAGCGUGGACCUCUCGGAAGUGGAGUGGGAGGACCAGACGGAAACCCUGAGAACUGCCAUGAUCAACGGGGAAACAGGUUCUCACUCCAUGGACGUGAAAGUGCCACUGGACAAAGGGAAGCGGGUUCUGUUCCUGACCAAUGACUACUUCUUCACGGACAUUAACGACACGCCUUUCAGCUUGGGAGUGGUGCUGACCAGAGGCCAUGGGGAAUACGUCCUCCUGGGAAACACGUCUGUGGAGGAAGGCCUGCAUGACUUGCUUCAUCCGGAUCUGACCCUGGCCAGUGACUGGAUCUACUGCAUCACGGAUAUCGACCCAGACCACCGGAAACUCAGUCAGUUGGAAGCUGUGGUCCGCUUCCUGACAGGGAUGGAUCCAGGCCUGGAGUGUGACGAGGAGCUGAUACGGGAGGUGCUGUUUGAUGCAGUGGUGACAGCCCCCAUGGAAGCCUACUGGACAGCACUGGCACUCAACAUCUCUGAAGCAACAGAGCCUGGCGUGGAUGUGGCCUUUCUGGGAACCCGGGCUGGUCUCCUAAGACAAAGUUUGUUUGUGGGCUCCGAGAAAAUCUCUGACAAGAAGUUCCUGACACCUGAAGACGAAGCCAGUCUUUUUACCAUGGACCACUUCCCGCUGUGGUAUCGUCAGGCCUCUGAGCAGCCCCCAGGCAGUUUUGUCUUCAAUCUCCGCUGGGAAGAGGGACCAGAUAGCCCAAGCAAGCCAGUGGCUGUAAGGGCCAGCACUGCAGUAACUGUGACGGUGGAUGGGAAGACGGCCAUCGCAGCAGCUGUGGGCAUCCAGAUGCAAGUGGACUACCUCCAGCGCCAGUUCUGGGCAGCCAUGAAGCAGUGCAGCACUGAGGAGGGUCCGUGCCUGAAGAGCUGCGAGGACACUGAUCUGGAUUGCUUCCUUAUAGACAACAAUGGCUUCAUUCUGAUCUCCCAGAGACCCCAAGAGAUGGGAAGAUUUCUGGGGGAGGUGGAUGGAGCUCUCAUGGCACAGCUUCUCAGCAUGGGGGUGUUCAGCCGUGUGACCAUGUAUGACUACCAGGCCAUGUGUGAGCCCCCAGAUCACCGCCACAGUGCAGCCCAGGCCCUGAUCAGUCCUCUCUCUGCCUCCUUGAUGGUGGUCAGGUGGCUACUGCAUGAAUGUCUGCUGUUCCUUCUACAGUGGAGUACCUGGGGAUCUUGGCAGGACAAAGGGUCCGAGGCCAAGACUGUCUUUCAUCAUUCCCACACACACAAAAAGCAGGACCUGCUGCACCCCUGUGACACAGAAUACCCAGUGUUCGUGCACCAGACGUCUAUCCAGGAGGCCAAUGGGAUCAUCGAGUGUGAGGCCUGCCAGAAGACAUUCGUGAUGCAACAGAUUCCCAGCAGCAACCUGCUCCUCCUAGUGACAGACCUUACCUGUGACUGCAGCGCCUACUCUCCCAUCCUCCAGGAGGCCACAGAAGUCAAAUAUAAUGCCUCUGUCAAAUGCGACAGGAUGCGCUCCCAGAAGCCCCGGCGGCGCCCAGGAUCCUGCCAUGCCUUCCAUCCAGAGGAGAACGCUCAGGACUGUGGUGGCACUUCAGACAUCGCAAUGUCACUCCCUCUGCUCCUGCUACCGCUGUGGGCCUGGCUGCUUCCACCCCAGCUUCUGUGA